AUGUUUUUGACUACUAACUGCCUUGUAGUGAACUCCGAGAGACAGCAUUUUAAUGAAGAGAACAGACGGAUGUAUCGCACCUUUCGCCGAGGAGUGUACUCCCUACCAUGCGAUGAACAAGAACAAGAUCGCCUUAAUAUAUUUCAUAAACUAUUCACUGUAGCCAGAGUGUCGGAUAGAUUGAUAUAUGCUCCUUAUCCCAGAAAUGGCCGAUUUUUAGACUUGGGAUGUGGAACAGGGAUCUGGUCGAUCGACAUGGCCAACAAAUACCCGGAGGCAUUUGUUGUUGGAGUAGACCUUGCUCCCAUACAACCACCCAAUCACCUACCUAACUGCGAGUUCUACGCUCCGUUUGAUUUCGAGAGCUGCUGGGCCAUGGGUGAGGAAUCUGUUUUAGUAUGGCCGAAUCUAUACCGGAGAAUCUUUUCGCAUCUGCGCGCUGGUGCGUGGUUUGAGCAAGUGGAAAUCGAUUUUAAGCCUCGAUGCGACGACCGCUUGUUGGACGGGUUGGCUUUGCGUCAAUGGUACCAGCUGCUGAAGCAAGCCAUGCAAGACCUCAUGCGCCCUAUAGCUUAUAGCUCUCGUGAAACCAUUCAGGACCUGCAAGAGGCGGGAUUUAUUGAAGUCGAUCAUCAAAUGGUUGGAUUGCCAUUGAAUCCUUGGCAUCAAGACGGACACGAAAGGAAGGUUGCGCGCUGGAUAGGACGAGCCCUUGAAUGGUAUCGACUGCCUGCAACGCGCACCGAGCAAAUGGUUCACGAAGCUCACCAAGAAUAG